AUGGACCUGAGGGAGAUCCUGGCCGGAGGAGGUAGCAUCACCGAGAUCCGAGCCUCUGAAGUUCUGAUCAUAAAGCCCUCUGCAAGCCCCGAAGAGAGGAGUCCAGAAGUAGGAAGAGGAAGGAGAGGUUCGGGUAGAGAGGAUGGAGAGAUAAAUUGCAGCAUGGUUGUAAGGAGGGAGAGUUUUGGCAGGGAGCUCAGAACAGACAAGUCCUGGCUGAGAGAAAAAGAGAAAGAGAGACCAUGGGGCCAGGCGACGGUUAUUAAAGAUGACAGGAAGGACAGCUUGGAUGAUAACGUAUUUGUUGAAAAAGGAGGGAGGGUCAGCCAGCUGCUGAGUAAAUUUGGACAACACCCAAAGCCUCCAUCUCGAUCCAAAAGCUCUGAUAAUAUGCUCCAGCCUUGGCGCAGAAAACUCUCAGGAGAUGAAGAAGACCAACAAUCUGAGGGAGACGGGAGGAACAUGCUGCUGAAAGCUGUGCCGAAACGCUCAUUUAGCUUCUCUGAUCGUGUCCUCUGCGCUAAGGAGAAUGGCUUAGAAGAUGAUCGGUAUUAUGCGAGGAAAACUCGUGACAGGAUACAUUCAAACAAGUGCGUAGCACCGUGGGUAGACGAUGCAGGCGUAGGGAAUGAAACCACAGAAAAGAUCAAACUGGGGUGCACACGGCUUUUAGAUAAAGACCCGUUUGGAAAGCAAAAAGACGGACAAUUAAAAAAUGAGGAUGAAAAGGGGGGCCAGAGGAGAAACGAAGCAGAAAUGUGUCCCUCAAUCCAACACAGGAGCCAAGUUAAGAAAGUGGAGCCUGUUGAUACGAGGGCUUUGGAAAGGCCCAGCGAUGCAGAUGGAGACGAGGGGUUCACAGUGGCAUCGGUCAAAAACACAGAGGGAAUCUCUUUUGCUAGAAGAGUUGCGAUCCGGCAGGAUGGGAAAGCAAGAGCUGAAAGAGAGGCGAAGCGCCCGUUAGGUGAGAAAAGUCUAGAAAAGGAGAUGAGUAUGGAAAAACAAUCAGAGGCAGGGGGACAGAUUGAGGAGCAAGUUUGUGAUAAAAAGGUGUCUGAUUGUCGGAGAGAAGAGGGAUUCGAAAGAUCCAUCCCAUCUGAGAGUUUGCAGAAGAGUCACGUCGAGUCAGCCUUUACAGAGUGCUCCAGUUUGCUCUGUGCUGUCACCGAUAGGACUAGAGACCUUCACAGAGGGCCAGAGUGGAGUGGUACAGGGCAACAAGGAAAUUACCUAGCACACUCUGUUUUGUCCCAACACACAGAGGAGCUUAUAAGUAAAAUCGAAAAAAUAGGUGACACAACUAUUUAUGGCAACGAGAAAGGAGAAAGGGCUUUCAAGGCUGCGUAUGAAAUGACCAAAGGAUCAGAUCAGGAAAUUGGUUCAGAGAUGCUCCUUAAUGAUGCAACCCCCAGAUCUCCAAAAAGGAUUGCACCCAUAGGGAUCCCUCCGGUUCCCCUGGAGAUUCAAAUCCCCAGAAGUGUGUUUUACGUUGCCGAAGAAAUGGUAGAGAGAAAAAAAUCCGUGGGUCAAAGUGACGACGGGCAAGACUGUGAAGGAGGUAAAGGGGUUGAGAGGAGGGAUAGUUGGAGGGUUGGGAAACCCCUGAGCCGCAUCGAGUCCCUGCGAGAGAAAAUAAGGCAAAAAGAGCUGGAGAAACGGAGACAAAGAGAGGCACAGGGUGGAGGAGGGAGUGAAGAUGCAGAGAUAGACGACACUUACACAGCCAGGGACAGGCAUGACGAAAAGGGAACUGAAAUAGAGUGGGAAGCUGCAGCACAGAUGCGGAAGAAGCUGGUCGAAGCAGAGAGGGGACAGGAAGACUCGGCAGCGCAGACAACCACGACUGUAUUUGACGUCACACAGGAAGUCAGCGUGUUGAAAACCUGCCUCCAACUUCCUGUUUCUGUCCCAAACUCACAAGCCACCAGAGGAGAGGAAGUAACAAGCGGGUACACUACUGCUGCCUCCGAAGUUAUCUGUGAAAGCUUCCAGAUAUCUGGGGAUGAAAACGACCCUGUGAAACAUGUGGAGGAAGAGCUGAGGCGCCACAGAAGCCAACACGAGAGCAGAGGAGCAGAAAGGGAGGAGGAGGAGGAAAAGGAGCUCUCAGAGGAAGAGGUAGAGGAAUCCGCAUCGCAUCUUAACCUUGUGCAAUCUCUCUCCCCUUUACCGCCUCUUCCCACCUCCCUCGCAGCCAUGAGCCGGAUCUACAACUUGGAGACAGUUAGCUCGAGGUCGGGCUUGUGCCUGAGGGAGAGGACCGUAGACCUCCCAUCCGUUCACCUUGUUAAAGUGAAGCCCCUCAGAUCAAACGGACAGCAGGGGGACGGCAAAACAUUUUCAGGUGAGAACAUUUGCGGGGUUCAGACAAUACAACGACAGAUAGAGCAGUUUCAGCUGAAAGAGCAGGAAACACUGAAGUCUUGUACGUCACCAAACACCCUUCUUAAGGACUGGGAGACAAAGGGGCAUCAAAGCCCCAGAGGAUUGUUAAAGCCUCAGGUAAAGGACGAUGAAAAGCCCCCGGAGAAAGAUCAAGAAACGUCAGAAUCGAAUCCCAAUGUAUCACCUCGGCCUGUCCUAUCUCCAACAUCUCAGCUCAAACAAUCGAACCAAACUAUUACAGUCAACCCCUCACUUCUCAGAAGCCAAUCCCCGGACAAUACUCUGAAACCCUCGGAUUGUGCCCCGACCCCGGCCUCAUCCCCAUGCUCCCCUUCUCCUUCCCAGUCUCCGAGCAUCUCUCCAUCUCCAACCCGAUCGCCCACGCUCUUCUCCAUCAGGAGUGCCUCUGGAGGCCAAGUGAAGAGAGGUGCCACCAUCACAAUCACCCCAAAAAAGCCUGCCGGAGGAGGGGUGACAGGAACCACAACUGGGUCCAGGGCAGUAGGGUCGAAACCCUCAAAGACUUCAUCGCAGCAGGCCCAGAUGACCUCCGCUGUGGCCGAGCCAGCGAAAAAGAAGAAGUACCCCACAGUGGAAGAGAUUGAGGUGAUUGGUGGAUAUCAGAAUCUAGACAAGUCUUGUCUCGUCAAGAAUAGGGGGACCCCAAAAAGGGGGAAGGUGUGUUUCGACGAGGACAAGCUGGAGCAGGUGUGUGAGUACCCAUCAGAGACCUCGAUGCUGGCAUGUACACCCUCCCCUCAUGACCUGUGGAGGACCGAGAAGCUGCAGGGAGAGGAGGUGCAGGAGGAGGAGGCUGAAGUGGAGGGAGGGGCCAUUUUCUCCAAAAGUACAAGGAACGUGGGGAUUGGGACAGGAGGUGGUCUAAGAGUGGAUGAGUCUUGCCCUCGGUAGAAGCCAGUCACCUCUGCCAAUAUUGCCCAUUUGACGAGAUCACCAACACUUUAUUGUCAAAUAUUACAUGAUUUUUACAGUUUUGCAUAAUCUUAAUUAUUGAAGUGAGUGUUUGUAAUCCUUGUGGUGUUUUGUUUUUAUCUAGUAUCAGAAUUAAUGUGUGUUGGGGAAGAAAUAAACAUGACAGUUUGAUUUUGUGCAGUUGAACAUAAUUGUGAUUACUGUGGAAAAUAUUUUACCUGGUUUUAUUUUCAGGGAAAUUGAGGGGCAAUUGUGAAUGUAUAUGUAUGGUACACAUGAUGAAAGACCCUCAGGUGUGCUCUGUCGGGCACUGAAAGAUCACUUGUCUAUGCAAUAUAAAGAUAAGAUUUUAUUUUUUAGUUAAUAUAUUUGAUAGUUUAUUUUAUGUUAAUUACCUUCUAUAUUGAAAACUGCCUCAGCACAGAAGAGUGAUGUUCAUAUCAUCUGUUUUCAUGUGCCUGCUGGAUUUGCCCAUACAGAUGAUAUGAUGAUCAGUUAAUAGAGAUAUUUGAUUUUUCUUGUCCGAAGGCUUUUUUGGAAAAACCUCCUCUCAGUGGGUGUUGACUGUUGCAAAAAAGGGGUGGUGCAAUGUGUGCAGGACAACUUUUAGAGGUCUUUGUCUUUUGUGGGGUUUAAAUUAUCAUUACUGUUCAUAAUGACAAAUCGUAACAGUUCAGGUAAUGUGUAUGGACAUAGAUAAAGGCGUUUUUUUUUGUCAUGUGGAAGUGGAGAGAGCUGUUAGUGAAAGUCCCUGAGAGGAAGUUGUGUUGAGUAAAAAACAUAAGCAGGUGAUAGAUUAACUUCAUCAUAUUACAGCUGCUAUCUGACUUUUGGCUGUACUACGUAUAUAAUACAAUAUAUACACAGUGUUGCUUGUUUGUAAAUUAAUAUUUUAAUUGGUGAAAGAAAAUGCAAAUUCUGUGCAAAUUGUUUUUUCUAUGUUGUUUAAAGAAGCUGGCUUCAAUAGAAUACAUCUAAUAAAUAUCAUUGACAACA